ACCAAAAAAACGACACCAUAUAUUCAUUUCAUUAGAAAAAUAAGGUUACGCUUAUUAAUUUGAACAACAACAAAAAAAAAACUUAACGAAAUGUUCAAGUGCUCAAUGAGUGUCCCAACAUGUCUUAUUGAAUUAGGGCUGAGUUCCUUCCCAAAUGCUCUUCACCCUACCCAGCCUCUCUUCACCGCCCAAGGACAGAAGCCUCCAGGAGGACAUGCUCAAGACAAGUACCCCCCGGGGCUUCUUGCCCGCCCCUCUCCACCACCACCCGUACAUGGACCUCUUAUCCCGAACUCACGCCCUCCUUCACCCCGUCAAAUCCACCACCGCGCUGGUGCUCAACCCUUACCUCCAGCAACAGCAGCAGCACAUGUUAGCCGCCCAGGGGAUGCCUUACCUCGGACACCUGGCGCCAGGUCACCCGCUGUGCUCAUCAAAACCGGAGGACCUGGCAGCGGUGCUGACCGGGCACGCCUCCGGUUCUCUUUCUUUUUCGGACUUAAGUCUGAGUAGUCCGGCCGGCGGGAACGGCAGCGGGACGUCAUCGUGCGUUUCCGCCUCGCCAGCGAAGCAGAUGCUCACAAGUCGAGCUGCGUCCCCGGAGAAGAGAGGCCGCUUCAACUUCACCGAGGACGACUUGUUCGCGGUGCUGUAUGGAUACUCGGCGGGCCCGCAGCCGGGCGGUGGCACCGGGGGCCACGCUAUUUCCGGGGUUAAUCUGCCGGACAAUUCCCUUUCAGACUGUCCUGUCCUCCCUCUGGACAAGGACGCUUUGGACCUUCCUGAGGGUCUCAGCGUUGUGCAAGCAUGCUGGGGCACCGUGUCUCACUGCGGCGUGUUCACUGACGCCAAAAGCAACGUGCCCAAAGGCACGCGCUUCGGACCCUUCCUGGGGAAACUGGUCAACACUAGCGAAAUGAAGACCUAUGAUGACAACACCCUCAUGUGGGAGGUGUUUGAGAACGGCCGCCUGAGCCACUUUGUGGACGGCCGUGGCGGCUCAGGCAACUGGAUGUCGCUAGUCAAGUGCGCACGCUUCGCAGAUGAGCAGAACCUGUCGGCGAUUCAGGUCAAGGGUCAGAUCUUCUACGAAGCCUGCAAGGAGAUCAGAGGUGAGCAGGAGCUCCUGGUGUGGUACGGAGACGGCUACGUGCAGUUCUUGGGCAUCCCGCUCACCCUCGGGGGUCCCGACGAAGAAAACGACAACCUACCUCCCGCUGAAGAUGCUGGUGAGGGCUUCAAGUGUGACCGGUGCGGCAAGGUGUUUGCCUACAAGUAUUACCGGGACAAGCAUUUGAAAUACACGCGCUGCGUGGACCGUGGUGACCGCAAGUUCCCGUGCCACCUGUGCAGCCGUUCUUUCGAGAAGAGGGACCGCCUGCGCAUACACAUCCUCCACGUGCACGAGAAACACCGGCCGCAUAAGUGCACAGUGUGUGGAAAAAGUUUUUCGCAGUCAUCCAGCCUCAACAAACACAUGCGAGUCCACUCGGGAGAACGCCCGUACAAGUGUGUCUAUUGCAACAAGGCCUUCACUGCCUCCAGCAUUUUGCGCACACACAUCCGCCAGCAUUCCGGAGAGCGGCCCUUCAAGUGCAAGCACUGCGGCAAGGCCUUCGCCUCACACGCCGCCCACGACAGUCACGUCCGUCGGACUCACGCCCGGGACAAGCCGUUCCCCUGCGACCUUUGUGGUGCCUCCUUCCAGGAGGAGACGGAGCUCAAUUACCACGCCAAAAGUCAUAAAGCCAGGCAAAUCUUGGACAGCACAAUUCUCACUCCAGAAAUUGGACCGGCGGAGGAAUCUCUCUUGGACAGUCCAAAAAGUCAAAGAAACUUCCAACUUUACACUGGUAUCACGGUUUUAAAUCCGGAAUAUCGUCCAUGGAACUAAAGUCAAACAAGUUUAUUAUACAAUAUAAUACAAUAUAUCUUUAUUUAUAUAGCGCUUUCAAAACGUCUGCAGCUGGGACAAAGCGCUUUACAGAACAGUUAACAUAAAAUAACACAACAGAACACAGCAUAAAACACGGACAGUCAUGCAAUCGUAAUAACUAUUCCUGCAUACACCUUGUUGUUUGAAGCAAUUAUAGAUUAAAGAGGAGAGAAUCAAAGUCUCCUCAGCAGCCAUACAUCCAGCCGCACGAACGGAGACUCUCCAACAGCACCGAAAUCUCCACUGAACAAAACGGCACUGUAAAAAAUGCUGCCCAAUUACAGGCAAAAAAGGAAAAAAAACAGUUGGUUUCAAAUGGUAACUGUUGGAGGAAGAUUUUGUUGUAUUGAUGCACACCGUCAUUCAAAUCAUCACGCAGACGUGUUUGAAACCGUUUAUAUGGAUGUGAUCACUGCUGUGGAUUGUGAACCCAGAUUUGUAUUUCAUUUAUUAUUGCCGACUGUGUUAUUAUUUGAUCUUUGUGUUCAGAUACACGUUUUUUUCAUUGUUGUAAUUUAUAAGGUCUGAUUAUAUUUCCUCUGAAAAAGUGGCCUCCUUUAUUUAUCAUUUUGACAAAGAAUUAAAUAAU